GCUAAUGACAGGCGGCCGAAGGCGGCGUUGGCGGCGUUAGCCAUGCGUGUUGUGUUUCUGUGGUGGAGCUCUCCUGUGUUGUAGCGUCCUCGUAGUCGCGACGCGGUCUGCGAUGUGCCUGCUUCCCGUGCUGCGAGUGAAACUCUCCGAGCGCCCGACAAUGUGAUCCCCCCUCACUGGAUCCCAACUACGACGGUGAAUACCAUGUCGCUACUCCAGCAAGAUCACCGCUGCUGUGUUUGUUGACCUCCGAGUUAGCAAAAAAAGAAAAUGGCCGCUCGCUUCGGCAGUAGUGCCAAAUUUCGGGCCAUCCGUGCCGCCCUGUGGACUUUCCUGACGUUCUUGUGCGGAUCCGCGGCGUUCGCAGGCGAGGCUAAGGCCUCGAUGAAACUCUUCGGGAACAUCAGCAAGUUUGCGAACCGUUCGGGCGUGCACGAGUUUCUCAAGAGCAACUUGUUCCUCACGCCGUUCGCGAAAGAAAUCAACGGCGCCGACGGUUCAUCGUCGAAUCGCCAGGAUACCGUUGGGGACAGUAUUUAUCUGCGAGUUGAGGCUCGAUCUCUAGGUUCCCAUCUACGCAAGAUCAGCAACGAAGAGCUCGGGGUCACAGCCAUGCAGGGCAUCUACGACAAGUUGCCAUUUACGAUGUCCGUGUUCGACGCUUCCAAACAUUUGGACGAGAUAGUCGACAAGAUGCAGAAGAAGCUGUCGGGCUACAUGUGGCUGCUGAACCGGAGCUCGGACGUGGUGGAGGAGUUGUUUCGGUUUCGCCAGAGGCUAGCCCUGCCUGCCGUCAACCCCUGCUGUCUCAUCGAUCCCAGCGUGCUGACGAUGGACACCCACUUUGGCACGGAGAUCACCAACUCCACAACGUGUGACACGGCACCGACGUCCCUACCAAAGGGACUCUUCAGCCCUGGCCCAAACCUCACCGACGUGUUCCGGAAAAACUUGGAAGCACGUCCGUCCAUCAAGUGGCAGUACUUUGUGUCGACCGCGGGGAUCCACACAGAAUUCCCUGCGUACAGCACAGUGAGGAAAUGGUCCUGUAAACACGUGGACGACCUUCGACACAGGGACAUUUACCUGGCCACCAUCCAGCCCUACAUGAAGCACGUGGUCAUUGUAAUUGACCAUGGGAACUCCCUGAGUCCGAAGCAGCUGAUGACCGCCAAAGCAGUCGGGAAGUACGUCCUGUCGACGCUGUCGCACCACGACAAGGUCGGCCUGAUUGGUCUCUCCGACGAGCCCCAAUUUCCGCAAAGCGACAAGUGCCUUUCCGAAGACAUGGCAUACGCGACGUACGAGACCAAGUACCACUUCGGUCGCUUCAUCGACGCCCUCCAAAAAGCACCAAAUUCCACAAACCAUCGAAUGGGGUUCAGCAAAGCGUUUGAGAUGAUCCACAAGAGCUUGAGGCCUGCUGCGAAUGGAUCCAAGCAAGCCGAGGCGUUGAUCGUGUAUGUGAGCAGGGGGCUACUCUCGUCCAUUGCGGAUGCGCGUCCGGUCUUGGAGACCAUUGCCAGCGGUCACAAGACAAGUGGUCAUCGAGUGGUCAUCAACACUUACGCCGUCAUUGACGACGGCAAACCCAUCAUGUACGAGACCUCAUUUCUAAGGGACAUUGCAGAGCUCAACUUUGUCAAGUACAACGUGGCUGGGGUUUCAGCGCCAGAGCUAAAGGGUGCCAUGAUUCCGGUGAACUCAACGGAGAAUCUCAGCUUCACCAUGGGGCACUUCUACUCGGCUCUGAGCUUCCACAAGCACCCAACGUCGCUGCAUUUUUCUCUUCCCUGGUGGGACAACGUCAGCAAAGAUCUGGUAAUCAGCAUCAGCAAGGCGGUGGUACAUCACGGGGUCCUGCUGGGAGUCGCAGGUGUGGACGUGUCUGUGUCGGACAUUGCGGAAGACAUAGUCUACUUCUCCAAGCGCAAGGACACCUACAGCUUCCUCGUGGAGCAAUCGGGGGUUGCCAUCAUGCAUCCGUCGCUCACGAAGCCGACCCUGGUCUCGGAGCAGCCGAUGCACACGGACAUCCUUCACCUGGAGAACCGACCCGGGUUCCAAGUGGUUCGACAGGACCUGCUCAACGGUUCCAGCGGAGAAAACAAGUUGACGCUCGCAUCCAUGGUGGAGCCGUCGGAUCGGACCGCCAACCUGGUCGAAGCGGAGCCCGUGGAAGACCAGUUGUCAGAGGUCGUCUAUCACUGGAAGAGGGUGGAGAACACCCCGUACGUGGUGGCAGUGGCUAGCCUGAGGCCAGGCAGGCCGCACCCUACGCUCAAGGUGGGUGGCGUGGCGGCCAGCGGUGGCACCCGCUGCGAGUUCCACUACCACCGCCUGGACCUGGUGGCACCGCCCCAGCUCUGUCGCCACAUGAAGCAGCUGUCCACCCUCUCGGCAAGCACGCUGUUCCUCUCGGCGGGCAGCUUCCUGUCGCCCUUCGAGUACCUCUCCCAGAAGGAGACCAAGCAGAUGGUGCAGGGCUACAUGGCCUACCUCAUCGACAACACCAUGUUCAUUGCCAACCCAGGGCUCAAGCCGGACGUGAGGGAGGAGGUGUUGGCAAUUGCACAGAUCACUCCGGAGUGGAAGAAGACGUUUGAGAACAGCGAGUUCACGAAACAUGUCGUGCGGAGGUAUGCGGCCACGUCGUGCGGAGCCCUGGUGGCGUAUCCAGGAACCGUGUUCGACCGUAGCUACGACCCCACGGAGCGGGAUUGGUACACGCGAGCGCUCGAGCACCCAGGGAAGGUGGUUCUGACGGCGCCUUACCUGGACGUUGGCGGCGCCGGCUACAUUGUCACCCUCAGCCACACCAUCUACCAGGCCAAGCCAGACGCACUACACAGCACGUCCGACGAGGUGGUCGCUGUGAUUGGGAUGGAUCUGACGCUGGGCUACUUCUACAAGCUGCUCACGGGCAACAUGGACGUGUGCGAACAGGACAAGAUUGCGUGUUUCAUUCUGGACGACCGGGGCUACCUCAUUGCGCACCCAACAUUGAUGGAACCUUCCGUCAGAGCGCUGGAGCAGCAGCACAUCACACACAAGGAGCCACUGGUAGUGAGCGACAUUGUGAACCACAAGGGCUUUGUGAAGAAGAACGAGUGCAACAACUAUAGUGACUGGACCAUCCAGAGGUCUUACAAGUUCAACACCAGCCUGGAGGGUAUCCUGACCAACUCGGUUCACGGCGAGCACUGUGGAAGGUAUCAGAUCACGGCCAUUCCCGGGACCAACACGUUCCUCGGCAUUGUGAACCACACCUGCGAUUAUGUUCGGGCGUUCUGUCCUUGCAGCACGGUGGACCGCCUAUGCCUCAACUGCCACCGCAUGGAGCAACGGGACUGCGAGUGCCCGUGCGAGUGCCCGCUGCAGAUGAACCUGUGCACGGGGGACCUGGCCCACGAAGAAGACAGGAGCAGCAGCUGCCCCCGGUAUUCGAAGGUGCCCCUGCUGCCCAAGCUGGAGAGCUUCCAUUUUGACUCCCUGCAGCAGUGCUUCAACAGCGAGUGCACCUCAAGGCUCAGCGAAAAGGACUGUUUCGGUGUGCUCGGGUGCGAGUGGUGCUCGCUUGACACGGACGGCAUCACCUCCCUCAAGUCCCCGUUCUGCCACGAGCAACCCAAGUGCUUCGGCGGCGUGCUGGGGGCCCGGACACCCUACGCCGACGAAAUCAUAGGACAACUGGAAGAGGACUUCUCGUCCAUCCGGAGUACGCCGCUGGGUCCGGUGGCCGGGGGAAUGAUAGGGGCCUUCUGCCUAGUGGCCAUCCUGUUCUACUGCUACAAGAACCGGGUGACGCGGUCGGGGGCGGCGCACUACGCCCUGCCGUACCCCGGAGAUGCCGUCGAGGGACAAGUGUACCACGACGCGGACGACUCUGAUCUCCACGGCGGGAACCCCAGCCCCGUUGGUCCCCUGAACAUGGGAUUGGCCGGAUGCAGCUACGACAACAGAGCCAUCGUCUCGCCUUACCGCGUGAACACGGCCUACAGGCGUCCCCCCGGCGGGGACAGCGACCACGGCUACAGCACCAUGACACCCCACGAAGACUCGGAGCACCUGCAAUACUUCGAGCCCCUGCUGCUCAGCAAGGACAAGGGAAGGUCGCCGCCUUCGCAGCCUUCCCUCAGCAGCCGCGCUUCCUCGCCCACCCAGCAGGGUGCGCCACCGGUCGUUGCCGGCUUUCCAGACCCUUCCAUAACACGUUUGCCGAAGACCAUGAGUCGGCGGAAUUCGUUCCAGGCCAGGGCAGAGGUGCAUGCGGUGGGAACGCGGUGAAAGCGUGCCGGGUAGUCAUGGUCGCUUUCUGCUGCGGUUCCGUCUUUUGGGAGCGACAACACAGUGAUGAGUGGCUCCAAACGACUUAUUAAGAAAUACCAUCUUUGUGGGCCGAGCAACUGAAUGACACAGGCUCGACGGUGUGCUCUACGGACAUUGGCCGGAUGCCUUUCAACGGCAGGACGCUGCUCCUAGUGGCAGCUCAAUGACCUUUGAAGUCCAUCUCGUCGUCAUAAAGAACAACAUCGCAUGCCGUGUGCUUCUGGAUUCGGAACUGAAGCCCUUCUACGAGUGUUAGAUUGGUGUGGCUUGCCGAGAAGGACUAGCGGAAACCUACGGUUAUGCCUAGGGUUCUCCCUCGAGCUGCGGUUCGCUGGGACUUGCUGUAUCGUGUCGGUGGGUGCAUGUCAGGUUGCGGUGCGGCCGAUGGGCUCUUGCAGCUCGAUGUGCUUCAUUUGGUGUGGAUUUGAAUGAUCGUGAGGUAGUCUCGAUGUGUUGGUUUUUUAUCUGAAAUGAAGCGCGAUUGAAUGAGUGGCCACGGUUGCGGUGCAAUCGUAAUGUGUUCCUUUUAGCUGCUGAAGUUAGGAUUGGGGUUUUUAGUCUGUGCUCUGAACAAACGUAUGUGGCCAAAUUUUGAUGGCUCGAAGCGAGCCGACUGUACAGGGGACCCUAAAGGGGUGUCCAAACGAGAUACUUCGGCAAGCGCGAAGUGACACUUCUCUGUCGUAUGAAGCGGAAGUUAAAGCCCUGCAGCGCGUCUUCCGUUUGUGCAUUCACCAGGCAAACAUCGCAGCUUUCCUCCUCACUUUCUCUGCUCUUCUCCGACGUCGAUACCUAUCAGACCUGACGUCACACGCCACCUGCCAGCGGUGGUGUGCGACGUCUCCUUCCUGUUUUUGGGACUUGAACAGCAGCAGAGGCCUUGAGCGAUUGACCGACAGCCGACAGAGUAUCUGAGUGGCUGUCCAGACCCACGUGAUGAGUAUCCUCCGUGAAGGACAGAAGACGUUGGUGAAGGGAAGCUUUCUUCCCGGAAAAAAAAGAAACGGAUGGAAACGGGUUGCCGCACUUCAUGUGGCAGAGAAGUGUCACUCCUUGCAUUCUUGAAGUGUCCUGUUUGGACAGCCCUCUAGAGGUGCUAACUGUGCUCCUUCAACCACCUUUGAACGAUUUGACACAAGCUUUUUUAAGGUCCUGACAAUUUGUGAAAAAUGUCACCCCCCCCCCCCCUCCCUCCCUUUCUCCAAAAGAAGGGGAAUAAGGGCGCCGGUGGGGAGUGACGUUUUGUAGCAUUUCACCAAGGAUUGCAUUUUAAUGAGUGAAAUAGUUUCCUUUGAAGUUUGGGCAUGUUGGUACACAGACAUAAUAAAAACAAAACAGCGCAAAGAUGAGGAUCCGUGUCCUGUCGGUUCCUCAUCUUUGCACUGCUUGUUUUUUAAAUAAUUUAAUAGGACAAUGUUGCCAACUUUCAAAAUGAGGAAUGGAGGCCUUUUGGCCUUUGGAAUGAAUGUUUCAUCAAGAGAAAGAAUGUUGGGAAAAACUGCAAAAAGUAAUUUUUCGACUUGAAACCUUCCGGUUUUAGACGUCUGUACUCCGGUAUGCAGACUCGGCUCUAGCACCAUAGGUUUACAAGAAGAAAGCUUUUCUUUUUGUUUUGUGUAUAUAGUUGGGUGUACAUAUCUGAAGAGCUUUGCACAAAAGUCUUCAAUCUUUUUGUUUCACUUUUUUGUCCUGUAAAUAAAACUCUACUCAGGUUAAUUUUUUUUUUCCUUUUCGAUGAAUUGUUGUGCCAAGAUUUUUUUUUUCUUUGCCUUAAAUUAUUCAGGAACAAAUAUAUAUAUAUAUAUAUAUAUAUAUACAUACAUCAUAGAUACAUACCCCAGGGCCAUAGAUUUUAUCAAGGUGGCAUCAGCCAUGAAUUGAGUAUGUUUGGAGUUGUCGCUAUGACUGGGGUGCUUGUUUCUUUGGAGAGCUGCGGUUUUUGGAUGUGUUGGAAGUGCCGAAGGCGUCUUUGUGUUAGAAACCAAAAGUUGAAACAGUGAGUUGGGACGUACGACUGUAAGUUAUUGUAUGCAAACAUUGUUACAUACCAUCUCUCUUCAUGAGGCUGGCCCACUACCAAUGUCGACAUUGGCAGCCACUCACCUAACCCGCGCUAUGCAAUUGGUUUGCGGGGGAGGGUUCUCAUACGAGUUUCUAGCACCUCUAUCUACUAUGCACAGAACUUUUGUUUUUCAGCAUGCAGGAAAUGUGCCUUCGGAUAGAAACGGGGCAUCUUUUGUAAAUUGUUAGAAGCUCUGACAACUCAGCGGUAGGCUCGUUUCCUAGCACCCGUAGAGGCAGUUGUACUCAAAGUUGAACGAUCUUGUUAGUCAAAUGCAAUUCAUCGAUGCAACGGCCACGCUCGACGAAAUCGCGCGUGUACAGCCAUCUGCCAUUGAAAGUCACAACAAUAAAGUAUAGGUCAUACACAACAA